AAUUUAUACUACUGUAUAUCCGCGACCCACUUGUUUGCCACAGCCUAUAGUCAUACUCUAAGGUUAUUAUCUUCCUCCAGCUUCUGAGUCCCACUCUAGGGGGAGGACAUUGUCUCUAUUGACAAGACAAGACGAUAAUCCUCCCACUUUAACAACAAAAUUGCCGUAAUUUCAGUAUCUCUUCCUUAAUUUUUAAGCAUAUUAUCCUCUAAAUCACUUUCCAUAUUCAAUUUCCUUUAAAUCACUCUCAGUUUGGGUUGGAAAUUAGAGCAACAAAUUAUUCAAAUUGUGUUGUAUAGUUUACCAGCUCGAAGUUUCAGAGAUAUACGGAAUAUGAUAAAGUAGAACCACGUCACUACUCACUGAAACAAACAUUGGAAUGUGACGCCGGUAGGUACACUCCUCCGGUCACCACUGCAGUCCACCGCAAAACAUUGCUUUGCUGGAGUGCAAAACGUGUUGACGUGGCGGAAUUCAAAGGGUUUGAUUAUUUUAACGGCUGCGAUGCACUCAUGAAUGCAGGGAUUAACAACUGCAGCAGCUAGUCCAGGUCCGGUUAGGUACUUCUUCCGCUUCCGGUUUCAUUCUUCUUCUUCUUCAAUGCGUUCAACAUUCACACUUUUUCGCAAUCUCACUCUCUCCACUCUCCACUCACAACGCACGCUUCCUUUCCGACUUCUCCCUACCCGCCUCAUAGCUGCGGCCGCCGACCAGCGUGUUCCCCAUGAAGACCUUAUUUUCCAUUUUGCGGUGGAGCCGGAGGCUGAUGAUAAGCGGCUGCCCCGUCCUGAUGUGGAGGUGAUGGAGUUGAGUCAGGUGCCGGAACUCUGGCGGAGAUCUAGAGUUGCCUGGCUCUGCAAAGAGCUUCCCGCGCACAAGGCAGGAACUCUGGUUAGGAUUCUUAAUGCGCAGAGGAAGUGGCUCAGGCAGGAAGAAGCCACCUAUAUCAUUAUGCAUUGCUUGACCAUUCGCGAAAUCGAGACUGCAUUUAGGGUAUACAAAUGGAUGAUGCAACAGAGUUGGUAUUGGUUUGAUUUUGCUCUUGCUACUAGGCUGGCUGAUUACAUGGGUAAAGAGGGUAAGUUUGCAAAGUGCCGUGAGGUUUUUGAUGAUAUUAUCAAUCAAGGUCGUGUUCCCAGCGAAUCAACAUUCCAUAUGUUGGUUGUGGCUUACGUAAGUUCUCCUAUUCAAGGUUGUUUGGAUGAAGCGUGUGGUAUUUUCCACCGAAUGAUUCAGUUGGGUGGAUACCAGCCCUGUCUUAGCUUACAUAAUUCUCUUUUCAAAGCUCUUGUAAACAAACAAGGGAAUUUUUCAAAGCAGUAUUUUAAGCAAGCUGAGUUUAUAUAUCACCGUAUGGUUACAACUGGAUUUAAUGUACAUAAAGAUAUUUAUGGUGGCCUAAUUUGGCUGCAUAGCUAUCAGGAUUCUAUAGACAAAGAAAGAAUACAAGCAUUGAGGGAAGAUAUGCUUCAUGCUGGAAUUGAUGAGAGUAAAGAGGUGCUAGUAUCGAUCUUGAGGGCUUGUGCAAGGGUGGGGGAGGUGGACGAAGCAGACAAAACUUGGUCCAAACUUUUGCAGUUUGAAAGCAACCCUCCAUCACAAGCUUUUGUGUACAAAAUGGAAGUCUACUCUAAGGUUGGUAUGCCUAUGAAGUCGUUGGAGGUAUUUAGGGAAAUGCAGUUGAAACUAGGUAACACAAGUGUUGCAGCAUAUAAUAAAAUAAUAGAAAUACUGUGCAAAGCACAAGCAUCCGAAUUUGCAGAAUCAGUCAUGACAGAUUUUGUCAAUAGUGGUCUGAAGCCCCUUACACCAUCAUAUGUUUAUUUACUAAACAUGUACUUCAACUUGGAAUCACAUGAUAAAUUGGAAGAGGUGUUCUUGCAAUGCCUGGAGAAAUGUCGUCCUAAUACUGCAAUAUACAAUAUAUAUUUGGAUUCGUUGGUGAAAGUUGGUAAACUUGACAAGGCUGAGGAUAUCUUUAGCCAAAUGUUCCGUGAUGCAAGUAUUGGUGUCAAUGCCCGGUCAUGUAACAUCAUCUUACAUGGAUACCUAUAUUCAGGAAAUAACUUAAAGGCCGAGAAGAUCUACGACUUAAUGUGCCAAAAGAAGUAUGAAAUUGAUGCCCCAUUAAUGGAAAAGCUUGACUUUAUCCUGAGUUUGAGAAGGAAAAUUAUUAAAAAGCCAACGAGCCUGAAGCUAAGCAAAGAACAGAGAGAAAUACUGAUUGGGAUGCUUUUAGGUGGUUUGCAGAUUGAUUCUGAUGACCAAAGGAAGAACCACAUUAUCCGUUUCGAUUUUGAUGGCAAUUCUGAGAGCCAUUAUGUCAUGAAGAGUCAUAUACAUCGUCAGUUUUAUGACUGGCUGCAUCCUACUUUUAAGCCAAGCGAUGACAGUGAGAACGUACCAGAUAAGUUUUGCACCAUUGCAAGCUCUCAUUUUGGAUUUUAUGCCGAUCAGUUUUGGUCAAAAGGUCAUCCUACAACUCCAAAACUUAUUCAUAGGUGGUUGUCACCGUGUGUUCUUGCAUACUGGUACAUGUAUGCGGGCCAUCGAAAUUCAUCGGGGGAUGUUUUACUAAAGAUUAAAGGAAAUCGUGAGGGAGUGGAGAGCAUUGUCAAAAAGUUCAAAGCCAUGUCCAUUGAUUGUAAAGUCAAGGGAACGGGAAAGGUAUUCUGGAUUGGUAUUAUGGGAAGCAAUACGACUUGGUUCUGGAAAUUGGUUGAGCCAUAUAUUCUAGAAGAUGCAAGAGAUUUCACUAAGGCUGACGUCAAUAUUAUGGGGCAGGAUUUAAUGGAAACUCAAGACAUUAACUUCAAUAGUGAAUCAGAUGAAUGAAAAAGGGUGAUACUGCAUUGUUCAUCAUGGUUGGACUCAGGAAAAAAAAAUUAGUAGUUUGCCGGACUAGGUUACACUUUUACACAGGUGGCUAGAAGCUGAAAACAUGUUUUACUUUUGUACUCAAAUGUUUUUUUGGUGGCUGCCAUGAUAUAAAAAAUUAAAGCUAUCUUGAAUAUCUUGGUCACUAUUCUUUGAAAUGUCCGCUUGUAUAUUCCUAAUUUCCAAUGCAAAUGAGAAUUAGAAAGUAACUAUCUUA